UGUCCUCCCAGGACUUGUUUUUGCCAGGCGUGUCUGACCCAGGCGCACAGGAGAUCUUCCGGCGUCGAAACCCGCGUCAUUGAACCAUACACAGCUGCGCAGCUUGUAGUAAAACACGCCGCAAACGCAAGGUGACCGCCUCGACCCGUCACGCCGCCCCGACGACUUCGCAAAUUGCUCGCAGAUCAUAGAGUUGGCUGCGGCUCCCGGUGCAGCGGAGCUGCGGUGUCUCUAUGCUGCUCCCCCGGGGGCACAAGAUUUCCUGCACCACACACCCGGCCGACGGCGCUGCGGCCGCUCGCCGCCGCCGCGGUCGGGACGGCGCGGGAUCUCCGCGCUGCUCCCCGAGGACACCUCUCGAUGUCCCGCACCACGCGCGCCCCCACCGCGCCGCCCCGACGCAGGCCUACCAUGGUGAAGCUCUACGCCCUCCUCGCGGCGCCGGCCGCGGCGCUCGUCGCCAAGACGAACCCGCUGCCGCGCGCGGCGCCGCGCGCCGCGCCGGCCGACGUCGAGAUGAAGUACCGCGUGGCGGUCAUCGGCGGCGGCCCGUCCGGCGCCUGCGCCGCCGAGAUCUGCGCCCAGGAGCCGAACAUCGAGACGUACAUCAUCGAGCGCAAGAUGGACAACGCCAAGCCGUGCGGCGGGGCGAUCCCCCUGUGCAUGGUCGACGAGUUCGACCUGCCGUCCGAGAUCAUCGACCGCAAGGUCCGCAAGAUGAAGAUGAUCUCGCCGUCGAACGUCGAGGUCGACAUCGGCUCCACGCUCAAGGACGACGAGUACAUCGGCAUGUGCCGGCGCGAGGUCAUGGACGGCUACCUGCGGGACCGCGCCGUCAAGCUGGGCGCCGAGCCCAUCAACGCGCUCGUGACGUCGAUCGACUGCCCGGCGCCGGGCGACGACAACGGGAGAUACACGAUCCACUACUCGCGCAACGACCUCGGCCGCAAGGCGCCCGACGAGACGCUCGACGUGGACGUGAUCAUCGGCGCGGACGGCGCGAACUCGCGCGUGGCCAAGGCCAUCGACGCGGGCGAGUACAACUUCGCCAUCGCGUUCCAGGAGCGCAUCAAGAUCGACGACGAGAAGAUGGCCUUCUACGACGAGCUCGCCGAGAUGUACGUCGGCGACGACGUGAGCCCCGACUUCUACGGCUGGGUCUUCCCGAAGUACGACCACGUCGGCGUCGGCACGGGCACGGUCGUCAACCGCCCGGGCAUCAAGAUGUACCAGGACGCCAUCCGCGAGCGCGCGGGCGACAAGAUCGCCGGCGGAAAAGUGAUCAAAGUGGAGGCGCACCCCAUCCCCGAGCACUACCGGCCGCGGCGGCUCAAGCACCGCGCCAUGCUCGUGGGCGACGCGGCGGGCUACGUCACCAAGUGCUCGGGCGAGGGCAUCUACUUCGCGGCCAAGUCGGGCCGCAUGGCCGGCGAGGCCGUCGUCAAGGCCAUGGCCGGCGGCACGAAGCUCCCGACCGAGGCGGAGCUCGAGGACCUUUACAUUAAGCCCUACGACAAGCUCUACUUCCCGACCUACACCGUGCUGGACAUCCUCCAGAAGGUCUUCUACACGAACAACGCGGCGCGCGAGGCCUUCGUCGACAUGUGCCGCAGCGAGUACGUCCAGGACGUGACGUUCCAGUCGUACCUCUACAAGCGGCUCGUGACGCCGAACCCCGUCGAGGACAUCAAGCUCCUCUUCGGCACGGUCGGCAGCCUGCUGCGCGGCCGCGCGAUCGCGACGCCGGACAAGCCCUUCAGCAACCCGGUGGAGUCGCUCAAACGCCUCUAG